CAGUGAGCAAGCAUGUCAGACUACGAUUCAGAUGUCGAGGAGGGUCAGGAGCUGGACCUCAGCAAUUCAGAUGUGGUGACAAAGUACAAGGCCGCGGCGGACAUUACAAACAACGCUUUGGCAGCUGUCAUCAAAGCAGCUAAGGCUGGAGCAAAACUUGUGGACCUCUGCUCAUUGGGGGACAAGUCCAUUGAGGAUGCCUCUGCAAAGGUGUUCAAGGGGAAGACCAUCGAGAAGGGCAUCGCCUUCCCAACCUGCACAUCUGUCAACAACGUGAUUGGCCAUGUGUCCCCGUUGGCAGAGGACACAGUGGAGCUCAAAGAGGGCGAUGUUGUCAAAAUAGACCUGGGGAGCCACAUCGAUGGGUUUGUGGCGACAGCAGCGCACACAAUCGUGGUGCAGUCAGAUGCAGAGGCGCCCGUAACGGGCAAGGCGGCCGACGUCAUCGUGGCGGCGAACACAGCCCUUGAGGCGGCGAUCCGGCUAAUUCGGCCGGGGAAGCGGAUAUCAGAGGUGACGGGGGUGCUGGGUCAGGUGGCUGAGGCGUAUGGGGUGAGCCUGGUGGAGGGCGUGCUGUCGCACCAGCUGAAGCAGUUUGUGAUCGACGGCAACAAGUGCGUGCUGAACAAGGCCAGCCCAGAGUACCGCGUGGAGGACGGCGAGUUCGAGGAGAACGAGGUUUACGGCAUCGACAUCGUGGUGAGCAGUGGUGAGGGAAAGGGGCGGGUGCUGGACGAGAGGGAGACGACGGUGUACAAGCGCGCGCUGGACCAGGAGUACAAGCUGAAGCUGAAGGCCAGCCGCAGCAUCUUCAGUGAGAUCAACAAGAAGCACCCGACCAUGCCCUUCACAACGCGCGGCCUCGACUCCAAGCAGUCUCGCCUAGGAAUCCUCGAGUGCCUCAACCACGGCCUCCUCCACCCCUACCCAGUCCUCCACGAAAAGAAUGGGGAGGUGGUGGCGCAGUUCAAGGCGACGGUGCUGCUGAUGCCCAACGGCUCUGACCGCAUCACUGCCGCGCCGCUGCAGAAGGUCGACAGCGACAAGAAGGUCGAGAACGAGGACCUCAAAAAGCUGCUGGCCUCCAGCGUGAAGAGCAAAAAGAAGAACAAGCCCAAGAAGAAGAAGGCCGCGCCCAAGAACGGGGAGGCUGACGAGGAACAGACAGCGGGCGAGGCGGCAGAGGAAGAGGCAAAGACCGAGCAAGUGCGAUUGCUCUAGGCCACCUGCUGACUGCGUGGUCUCAGACUCUCCGAGCCAGUGCUGCACCCACUGCGCGCCUUGAACCGCCUCAAUUGCAGCAACACAGCCACGGGAAAACAAGCGCCGCUGACCUACAUUGCUGGCGCAAUUCAAGGCUCCAGCAAGAGGCAGCUGCGGCUGCAGCAGAUUUAGGCCAUGCUCUUGGGAGAUGUGGGUCUGGGUUUUGACUGGCGUCUGUUUCAAUGGGAGUAUAGUGCAUUCCUGCAUGUCUGUUGACAGCUUGCCUUACAAGGGCAACCUGUGAUGGCUCUCUGCUUUGCAAACGAACAAAGAGGGGAUAUGAUGCGGGAUGUCACUGGACUUUUGGUGCAGGGACUACUGUGAAGUUGGGAGGUGUGUAUGCUCUGUUUUAACUGAUGAUGUCAGCUUGCAAACAUGGCUUGCUCUAGUGAUGCUGAGCGGCAAAUAAAAUUUGCUGGCAAGCUCUUCAGCUCAAUUUGUGAGAGUCACACAAGAACAGGGUGAAAGAAAGCAUGCGAUCAGACCAACCAGACUGGAUUGCAGCAGAUCAAUGAUGGAACACUCUGAAUGUGCUGGAGGGCUACUUGUCAACUUUGGGCCCAGUCAGAACACACAGAGUCUAUGCCAACGUGUUAACAGCCACCAGAAUUUGGAACGUUCUUUGUUCUGAGCUCAUGCUCGUGCACAACGGCUGGGUUAUGUCUGGACAUAGGCUGAUUGGCAUGCCACACGUGUUGCAAGCCUUAUCUGCAUCGAUAUCGUACAAGGUCUUGUUCUCUGUGCAGGAGCUUACAAUUGGCGAGACAAACUCUCGUUGGGGCUUCCCCCUCUAUUGAUGAUGCGGGAGAGGCAUGUGUGAAGCACUUGAGGAUUUGUGGAGGCUCUUACGUGGGCUUGUAAUGCUCAGCAUGAA